UUCCUUCUUCUUCCUUCUUCAUCUUCAUCUUUUUCUUCCAAUAUUCACAUUCAAACCGUUCCCGGAACUGUCGCUUUACGAUUUCACUGUUAAAAGUUCUCUCUAGAAUUCAAAUCCUGAUAUAAUUUCCAUGUAUUUGUGUGUGUGAGGACUGAGGAAGAGAAUUGUGAUCCGCGUGUGUGAGGGCAGACAAAAGUACCGAGAAACCCUAGAAAUUCGGUCUAUGGCGUCGUCGAAAGUGAUGUCGUCAACAUCACCUGCGAAUUCGGAUCUUCCACGCGAAUCAUCAUCUAUACGCACUCUAACAAGUGCUGCGGGCCUAUUCCAGAGCGAUAGGAGCAGGAGUUUUGGCUCCAUGAACAUGGAUGAUUACGAACUCUUUAGGAACAUCUAUAACGAUCCUGAAGAUCUUCCAAACGCCGGAGCUGAUGAUGGAGGCGGAUCGGAAUUGGCGGUUGACAGCGUUUCUGGAGUGUCGAUGCCGAAGAGAGGUGGUGGUGUUAAGACUACGGAUGAGGUAUGGGAUGAGAUUAUGGCUGGGGGAGUUGAGAGACGUAGUACGCCGAUUACGCUGGAAGAUUUUCUGACAAAGGCUGCAGCUGAGACGGAGGAAGAUGUAGGGAUUCCGGUUUCCGCUAUACCUCAACCUCCACACAGCUUUGGACCUGAGUCGAUGUUGGCUGGUGCUCACUUUUCGGUUGGUCCGGUGCAUAUGCAGCCAAUCCAAAGCGUUGGCGUGGAUCCUGUGGCAUUCAAUGGAAGAAUGGUUGUUGUCUCAUCUGGAGGCGUUAGUGGUAGCGGCGGCGGAGUAAGAGGGAAAAGGAGGGCUGUGGAAGAAGAACCUUUGGAUAAAGCAACGCAACAGAAACAGAGGCGGAUGAUUAAGAACAGGGAGUCUGCUGCAAGAUCGAGGGAGAGAAAGCAGGUUCACACAACUGAGCUUGAGUAUUUGGUAAGGCAACUGGAAGAGGAAAAUGUACAACUUUUGAUGGAGGAGGAAGAGCAAUCCAAGCUGCGGUACAAACAGUUGAUGGAAACCCUGAUUCCGGUUGAGGAGAAGCGCAAGCCGCCACGAGGUCAAGCUUUAAGGAGGGUAAAUUCUCUGACAUGGUAAUCUAGAGCUUGUAGUAGAUGUUUUUGAUGAGGAGCAAAGAGACGACAAUCUACAGGAAUCUAGAUUCACAUCAUAUAAAACGAAAACAUAAUUUUGGGUUUGCAGCCAAAAUUGUGCAUGAGUUUUUGAUAAAAUAUUUUGCAACUGCAUGAAUUAAGAAGGCAUAAUAGAGGUAAACAUGUGUUGUAAAACAUAGGUUACAAAAGAAGACUUCUUACAGACUAUUUUCAGUUAAUGUUUCUCCCCCCUGCUGGCUUAUGGUUGCGGGGGAUGCUUAU